UCCUUUUCUGUUUUCAUCGCGUUUCCAUCAUCAGGUUUGUUUAUCUCUGGCCCAGCAGUGUGACGAUUUUUGCAUGAUUUGCAAGUGCGCUCCAUAUAUAUUUACGUAUAAAUAGUGCUCGGCAGUUGGUCGACGUCGUUGUGCAUGAAGCCCAGUCGUGAAAUGUAGCUACAAGUUUCCACAACCAGCCAGACGUGAUCGGAUUGAAUCGUGCAGGAAGAUUUGUGCCUACAAUUAGUGUGCUCCCAUUACAACAGAACCCUCCCGCCCCCGCCCCCCCGCGACCAUGGAUAUCGUGUACACGUCCGACAGCGGCGAUAGCGACGCGCGCGAGCAGAAAACCGUCGACUUUGGCCAUGCCAACAAGCGCCACCUGGACGAGGACCUGCUGCGCAUGUGCAAAACGAAAAAGCUGGCCGAAGACAUCGAGACGGUGCUGCUGAACCACAACAACCUGGCCGUCGUUCCGGCGUCGAUUGCCGAGUUUGAGAAUCUGCGCGUGCUGGACCUCAGCAACAACAGCCUCGACCGGAUACCGGAAGCGGUGAUGCAGUGCCAGCUGUCGACGCUGAUCGUCAAGAACAACCGGCUCGGCGACGACUCGCUGCCCAAGUCGAUGCUGGCCGCCGGUGCCACCCUGAAGGAGCUUAAUCUGAGCGGUAAUCGCUUCACGCAGUUUCCCGAGCAGGUCACGGAGCUGAAGGCGCUCAAGUAUCUGUACCUCGGGGGCAACCAAAUCACCAACGUAUCCAAGGACAUCUGGAAGCUGCAAAACCUGCAGCUGCUGUCGCUCGGCGGAAAUCUGAUCACCGAGAUUCCGGACACCGUCGGGCUGCUCAACAAUCUCCACGCUCUCGUACUCUGUGAUAAUCUGCUCGAGGCGCUGCCCCCGUCGAUCGCCCGGCUCGUGCACCUCAAGUCGCUGCUGCUGCACAAAAAUCAUCUGAAACAUCUGCCGCUGGACAUCAUAACCCUUAAGAAUCUUACAGAGCUCAGCCUACGUGACAACCCGCUGGUCGUUCGCUUCGUCAAAGACAUGACCCUCAACCCACCGACGCUACUGGAACUGGCCGCCCGUUCGGCGAAGAUUGCCUCCGUUCCGUACGGACCUGGCGAUCUGCCCCGGACGCUGAUCGAGUACCUGCAGACCGCCAACUGCUGUGUCAACCCCAACUGCAAAGGAGUAUUCUUCGAUAACCGCGUGGAACAUAUCAAAUUUGUCGACUUUUGCGGUAAAUACCGGAUUCCGCUGCUGCAGUAUUUGUGCUCUUCAAAGUGCAUCGACGACCCGGGUGCGUCGGUGUCGCAUGGCGAGGCCAGCAGCAGCAUGAUGCGAAAGGUUCUGCUCGGGUGAUUUGCAGCCGUGAACUGUCGCUAAUUUUCGUACUAAAUUGUGGUGGUAACUGGAGGCAGAAAUUUACGAAGCAAGCAACAAAUAUUGUUCAACAAUAUUCAACGCACACGAACACACACACACAGGUUUAUUCAUAUACAUAUUUACAAAUUCGUCUCUGUAGCUGGAUAACAGUGGCUAGCCUUUUUUUUUAAAACAUUGUGAUUUGGCUCAUAGAGCAGUAACGAGUCAAUUUUCGCCCCCUCCCAGAAGCAUAAUAAGAUGGUCGUUAAUAGGGAUGUGUACAGCCGUUGUUGGAACGGGAUGAUUUUAUUAUCGAGAAAUAAAAUUCUAUUGCUGUUCGAAUCGAA